AUGUCGGGAAUGUGUGCAGCAUACGGUUGCAGAAAUAAGGGAGGGUAUCGGUUCCCGAGCGACAAGGCAAUGAAAAAACGGUGGACCACCGCUAUAAAACGCGACAAUUUUUGUCCAAAUACAGAUUCGCGACUGUGCACAAACCACUUUAGACUUGAAGAUUAUAUUACUACCGGCUUAGAAAGUGGUGUUACACCGGUGAAAAACAUUUUGAAAAAAAAUGCAGUGGCAUCCAUAUUUUCAUGGAAAAAAAAAUUGGACACUUCGCUUCAAGAUGUUCGUUCCAGACGACAGAAGCAAAGAGAGCUCAAACUAAAUCAGAACAGGCUGAUGGUUAGGAGCCCCAUUUCCGAUUUAUGUCUAGUUGCUGAUAUUGAAGAAAGUGACAAGCUUGUGGAACCAGUUCUCCCUCUAUCUAAUGAAAACACUAAUCAUUACAUAAUUGACAUCUCUAUCGGUUGUGAAAUUGAAGUGAGAAGGCCAGCAGCUUAUGAGCUAAAGUAUCGCUAUAAUACGGUAUCAAAUAUUAGUUUUGAGGAUCAAUUAUUUAUAACUCUCAUUAAGUUGAGGAGAGCCAUACCUGAUUUAGGUUUAGCUUACACGUUUAAUGUCAGCAAAAAGACGAUUCAGAAUAUUGUUAUUACAUGGAUAUACUUUAUGUAUUGUCAGUGGUCUGAAAUAGACAUAUGGCCUAGCAAGGAUCUCAUAAUGUAUUAUAUGCCCUCAGGAUUUAAACAGAUGUAUCCGUCAACUAGGGUUAUAGUAGAUGGAACAGAAUUUCCUAUCGCUGCUCCUACAAAUCCUACAUUUAAGCAAGCAACCUUUAGCACAUACAAGAACAAAACCACAUUGAAAGUAUUAGUUGGUACAACGCCUAGUGGACUUAUUUCCUAUAUUUCGCCAGCUUAUGCGGGAUCAGUGAGUGAUAAAGCAAUAGUUGAAAAAAGUGAUCUUAUUAAGAAGUGUGACUCUGUAAUGGCUGAUCGUGGAUUUACCGUCCAAGAUUUGUUAGCGCCAAAACAAGUAUCAAUAAAUAUUCUAGCUUUUCUAAAGGGCAGGACUCAGUUAUCAGCCUUUCUCUGCCGAAGAUCGUGGUGCGGGGUGAUGAGCCCCAAUCUACCUCGAGGUGUCCCUGUCUCGCAGAACCACGGAUCUAGACCAGAGAAGGUCGAAAAUCCAUCCCCCGCUCCAAGCUGUUGUGUCGUGGCUAAUGAGUACUGCACCGGGGAUUACAACGCCGGAUGUUGUGAUUUCCUCUUGUAG